CGGCGUGCGUCCUGGGAGGACCCGGGUUCUAUUCCCGGCUUCAGCCGGGCGUCAGACCCGGGCCUUUCAGUGCCACGGCGGACACUUCCCCACUUUUUUAGGGGAGGAAGGCGCUGCAAAUCUCUUGUUUAUAAACACAAAUAAAUAAAUAAAUAAAUAAAUACAUUUUAUUUCCAGAGACACACAACAAUAGUCACCCGCCCUUACAAACAACCCCCAAAACAUAAACAAGGAAGGUGAAAACACAGUAGUAGGCAAUACAAGAAAUAACAAAUGAAGUAGAACUUUUAUUAUGCUCAGGAGCUGGAGAUGAUAGCCCUGAAAUGUAUGCGGAGAGCGAAGUUUGCCAGCAUGAAGGCAUAUAGGCCUCUUCUGGGAGUGAAAAGCCACUUGGAAAAGGCUCCUAACUCAAGAUUUUAACCCAAAUAAAAAGGAAGCGCUGCUUUAUAGACAGUUUGGGGACAGAGGAAAACAAACGACCCCAUCCUUGCCCGCGGCCUUUCCUAGCGAAGCUCUGGUGCCUCAACAAACUACAGUUCCCAGAAUUCCAGAGCAGGGAGCCAUGACACUUAAAGCGCUAUAGAACUGGGUUAUUUAUGCCGUGUGUGGAUGCCUGUCACUCUCCCUCUCCCCUCCCCUUUCCUUUUUCCUGCCCGUUCCUUUUGCAGAAAGGGCGGUCCUGAGGGGGAAAAGGAGGAGGAUUAUUAUUUCGCUUUCGUUUUUGUGUUGCUUUUCGUUGCUGUGGGCAAACUCUUCACAGACCUCCAGGAAAGAAGACCAUCGUCACCAACGUCUUCAUGCAAUUCACUGGAAGACAUUUCUAUCAGAUUUGACAGCAUGUCCACCUGCUGUGCUGUUUGUGUCCGUGGAUACCCUGCCAGUUUGCCACUGGAGCGGGUGGUCGACAAGUUGAUGAUUCAUUUUCUGAGAACACGCAAUGGCGGAGGAGAAAUUGCCAACAUUGAAUUUGCACCAGAGUCUCCAGACUGUGCUAUGAUCACUUUUGAAGAUGCAACAGUGGCUCAGCGGGUACUGAAGGCCAAAGAGCAUAUCUUGUCUGUCAAUGGGAAAAAGUACCCUUUGGAAGUGACUGCAUACCCAGCUGAACUGAACCCCAAUGAGAUCUUUGUAUGUGUCCACAUGAAGAUUGACUAUGGAGGCUUCCCCAAUGGGAAAGAUAUCCUCUGCCAUCUCCAGAAACAAUACAAAGAUGUAUACUUCAGCUUUGACUCCCAGGAGAUGACCUGCUCUGUGAAAGGGUCCUUCACAGUAUUGCAGGCCUUCAGUUCUGAACUGCUAAAGUGUCUCAAGAAAAAGCAAAGCAAAAGUCUCUCUGUAACAAGUAGGGAGAGAUCUUCAGGCAAGACAUCAGGAGAUGGUGCCUCACACAAGAAGGAGACACAAAGAGAGAAGAAAAAGAUUAAUGAGAACUUAUUACCUGACCAAACCUUUGGGGAGAGCCAUGUAGAGCCAAUGGAGGAUUUCUCUUUGGUGAUAGACUCUGAUGUUUACCUUUAUAUGCAGGCAUUUUGUUGUGAGGAAGUCAACCAUGUUUUGGGCCAGCAUAAGGUGGAUGUGGUAGAUGUCAGCAGUGAUGGUGUCACCACUUUGUAUCUUCAAGCAUCAUCCAGUGAGGCUGGAGGUGUGAGUGCGCUUAUGUCUGCUCAUUUGGCCAUCUCUCAGCUUUCUCAGCAACUGGAGGGCACACUGCGCAAAGAGAAGAUCAGUAAGAAAGAAUUGGGAGUGGAAGGUGGCACAGGACUUCUGGAGGAGCUGCAGAAACUCUGGCCAAUGCUGUUGUGUCAUGAAGAUCAUGAGUAUUUCUAUCUUGUUGGGAAUUCAAUAAAUGUUUCUCAAGCAAAACUGCAUGUCCAAGAUUUUACCAAUACAAGGAGAUUAGUGCAGGAUCAUCAGAAGCCCAGUGCCCCCCAAACAUCAAACGUGCCACUGAUUCAUAGGCAAAGUGUUGUGCCAGCCCAGUUAGAAUCUCCUGCAGAAUCUGUCCCAAGCAAACUGAGCUCACCAACAUUCAGUGACAAAAGUGAGCACAAACAGGCUGCCAAAUUCACCUCCCUUUCAAAUCAGGAUGCCCUGCUGGUAGAAAAACCCCCUGGAGACUUCCCUCAAAGAGUUGAUUUCCAGGUCCCAGAAAGUGAACUGCAGUUCUUGGCUGCUGAUGAUACUAAAUCAGAAAUCCAGGUUGAGCAACCCAUGCAGUUUCAGAAACUAUCAAAAAGGAUGAAGGGAGAUUUAUUGCUUCCCAUGUCUGGAAGCACUGUGUCAGGUACUGAGGGCUUCAGAACAUUUGGUCUUGAGAGGCCUUCAUCUCCCCAUGUUGCUUCCAGUGCCUUCAGAUCCUUGAACCUUGAACCUGACAGUACAGGAUGUGUAGACCACAAAAUGUCAGAACCAAGGCCCUUGAUCAGAAGAUCCAACAGUUUACAAAAGCCACUGAACAGCAGCAGCUUCACAGCUGAGCCACAGGAAGUGGCCACAGUCAGAUUGGACCACAUGAAACAGGAGGUCCAAGAACAUAGCCACCAUGCUUCACAGAGGGAGAUCAGCAAGGAAGGCAUGUCCGAGGUGAAGAAAGAGUGGGACAGGGAGUCUCAGAAUACUUCAAUUACAGUUCAAAAGGAUGAUGGGGACCCUUUGGACAUGACAAAAGCCGAGAACCCUGCAAAGCAUCCUGACUUCAUCUGGGACAGCUUCAGUUACUCUGAGCUAGCCUUGGACGGACCUGAAGACAAGUCUCUGACUGAUCUGUGUAACUACCUGAAAUAUUGCCAUGAUCAAGUUCUCAUCAGCCAAGACAGGUACAGGCUGGGUCUUGCCUAUCCUCGUGAAGUGAGGCUGCAGAUUCAGGAAGCAUUUCGCUUCUUCUCAGAUCAGAGGAUGGCUUCCUUAACCAAAAGGCUCCAUUCGCAUGAUGCACAGCAUGGGAAGAGUCAGGAUGAGAUCCAGGAGAUCCCCCAGCAGCUGAAGGAAAGCUGCAGAGCCAGCCUGUCAGAGAGCCUGCCUUGGUCAAGCAGACUUACUAGAGAGAAGUUGUCCUCCCAGGCUGAGAAAUUGCUAGAUGCCAAGGGUGCCCAUCUUCAAUUGGUGCAUGAUUUCCCAAGUGGCUGGAAAAUGUGGCAAACCAAGUGCCUUGACAAAACCCCAGAUGUCAGCAAACAAGGCUGUCCCAGAAAAACUGUUGCAGAGGUCAGACCAGGAUUGCCAGACAAGUUCCAUUUUGCAAAAAAGCUGCAGUAGGGAGGAAAGCAGCCACGCAGCUGAGAGGACCUCACAGUCUUUGCCUGUUCUGUCACAAGAGACUUCUGACUACACACCAUCACAAAGAGUGGGCAGGCGCACUCCACCAGCUGGGGAAGGAGUUGCCUCAGAUGUGGAGCUAAGAGCUGCCACCCCAGGGAGGGAAUCCAAGGUUGGAGAGUGUGAGUUGUGCCAAAGUUCCCACAGUACCGCCUAUCAAUCUCCCUGCAAUCAUACCCUUUCCAGGACACGAUUGUCAACAGGGAAAAUUUCACCACCUGAUGACUGUGCCACAUCUGCCAUCCCUGGAACAUUUACAGCUGCCACCUUGUCACAGAGUCUCCCUGGGUAUUACCGAUACCCGACGCUGAAACUAAUGUAUGACAUUCCUGAUGGGGUGCAGCAAGCCAGACAUCCUCGUCCUGGGCAUCUGUACCAAGGAGGCCGCUUUGAGGCCUUCCUCCCAGACAACCCAGAGGGACAGCGAUUGAUGUUACGCCUGCACAAGGCAUUUGAACGUGGCCUGACAUUCCAAAUCCAGACCUGUGGCUCAGAGGAGAAGGUGAUAUGGGGACCCCUUCCCCACAAGACCUCCAUGGAGGGGGGCAAGUCCAGAAAUGGCUAUCCAGAUGCUCAGUAUCUCCACUGCAUCCACCUGAAGCUAAAAGAGCUGGGUAUUGAAUGAAGACUCACCCCCUUUCCCUAAAGAAUCUUGGGAGAGCAGCAGCCUCCUGCCUGCCAAAAGCCUACUAUCAAGAUCACCACUACCAUCAGGAACAUUCCUCCUUGGCUUUGUAGCAGUCUGAAGAAUAAUCUUUUGUGGGACAAAAGGCAUUUUCUAAUGUUCACGUGCUUUGACUCCCUACUCAACCACUAGCACUUACAAUUCUCCCUCCUCUCCCCAAUCUGCCACCACUUUGGGGGGGCUUUUUGUCUUCCUGUUCACUCAGCUUCCUCUUCCCUAAGGUUCUGGCUGUGUUAGGAAUACCUAGAGACAUGUGUUUUACCAACCCUUUAAAAAAUCUCCCUCAACAAGAGUGUUUAUUUUACAGGAAGGCAGCUUUCCAGACAAAGAGAUUUGGACGUAUGAGCUCUUUUAGAGAAGCUGUCUUUCAUAUACACCCAUCCAUGCAGAUUCUGAAGUGAGAAGAGUCACAUGAGAUGACUGUGUAGCCCUUGCAUGGUUGAAGUUGCUUUGAUGGCAUCUUGUGACUUUUUAGUUAUUUAGACCAACACAUAAUGCUCAUCAUAGGGCUGAGAAAGUUCCCUCCCACUUUCCUCCUUCCCAUCAAGAGACAUGAUUUCCCCAUUCAGAAAUCCUGCAAGAAUAAAAAGCAGAUGCAUGAUUCAUUUAUGCAUCUCAGUCAGUAUUACUCCUGUAACACAUUCUGCUGUUAGGGCAUGAGCUGCUGUAAGUAAGGUAAAUCACGGAGAGUGAUGAUCUAUCAGACCAUUUCAUGUUAAGGCUCUGACCAGUCUCCUGUGUUUUGGAGUGAGAACUCCCCUCCAUGAGAAAGGAGGGAAGCAGGGGGCAAGCAAACAAGCAAAAAUAAGGAACAGUUCGUCUUAGAUUCUUUUCCUAGCUGCUUCGCUAAUGCAGUUUGGGCUUAUGGGAUCAUUGGAAAUACAUUUGCAUUAAUUGUUUUGCAAAGCUUGCUGUUUUAUUAAUGGCCAGGCUGUGUUUCAAAAACUGUGUUUUCAAAAACAAAAUUUCUAGGUAUCAUUGGGGCUUGCAAAAAAAAUGUAGACUUAAGUCCCUGCUGGAACCAAAUAUUCAAUCUUUUGAAACUGCAGAUUUAUUCUAGAUCCUAGGACGCAGCCCUAGAAACAGUGACAUUUUAAUUAAGAAAAGGAUGUCUUUCUCAUCCUUUCACCAAUAAUUGUAUAUCUCUCUUCUUUUCAGCAGUUCUUUCUCUAAACCAAAACUCCCAAAUACAUUUGAGUCUUUCUUCACAAGCAGGGAUGGUGCAUUGUCAUAUUAUUAAUUUUUUUGUCCUAUUUCACAGUUUGCAAAGGAGUUUACUCUUAGCCAGCUGUAUCAGCCCCCAUUCAUCUUACCUCUUUGUGAAAUUUUGAAAUGCUCCAGAAGACAAUUAAAAACAACAACCCUCCAUCACAUGGCAAGGUGAGGAUAUACAUGCUUGCCUGUGAAUGAACAAAUUGGUGGGCACAGGACAACGCUGAUCUCAUUUUUGUUAUGCUUUUAAUGAACGCCCAAAAAAACACACAUAAGGCAUAUGGUAACAUUAGGCAGACUAGCAUUUCAUGUCUGAAUCUGUGUAAACAGCAUUGGCACAGUUGCUUUGUUGACACACGCCCACGCACACACACGCAUGCACAAGCAGAAGAGAGCAAGCUUCUUUUCAAACACCAUAAAGAGACUCAAGGAAGCAUCUUGAACCAUAAGGACACACAAGCUGCUCAUGAACCACCCAGAGAGGAGUUGAUGGGGGGGGGACAGAUGCCACAACCUGCUGCAAAUGGAUUGGGCAGCACAUGCCAGCUGCUUGUUGCUUUCCCUCCCCAGCAGCAGCCUUCUGGCCUUUAAGGAUACCCAUCUGGCAACAGGAGUGGUUUUCCAGAUGAGUGAAUGCUACAAACCUGAUGCCUGGAUGCCCAUCACUUGUCAUGUCAGUCCGCAGCACACAAACAUGCAAAUAAAAAUUCUUGCCUUGACAAAAGUAAGUCCUUCCCUCCCUCCUACAUUCUCUUGGCUGCCUAGCUUUUCCAUCCACCCACUCACUCAGCGACCCAUGUAGAAGCAUUCCUUUUUGUGAGCAAGCUCAACUAUUCCAAACAAAUUUGAUUUUAAAAAAAUCAGUGGCUGUAUGAUGAGAGUGGCUGAUGGAUAUGUGGAAAAUCCAUUCUGGGUUUUACGAGUGCUUCAGGAGCUCCUGUUUGGGGAGCUCUGCCUUGGUGAGGCAAAGCUUCAGUUCCACACAGAGUGCCCACAGGAGAGGUGGUUAAACCCAGAGUGAAUUCUCUGCUCCUGCAGCAAAGGAUCCACUGGCCACAGUCAACAAUAGAAGUGAAACAAAGGAAAUUGCAUUCCAAUUUCAGGUUUGAUAAAAUGUUCAUACCUGAAAUCAAAAUACUGAAUGGCUCAAAUAUUAAAGGACACUUGUGUCCUUAUGAAUUUAAUAAAUGGGAUACUUUUACACCCAGUGUUUCUUCCCUGCACCCCCCUCUGAUCUGAAAUCCUACAACCUACCUAACUAUAAUUGUGAGUAUUACAACACUUCUAACUGUAGCCUCCUUGCAAAUAUUUAGAUUUGUAGUUAUCUAAUGUAAUCUGAAGGAAAAUUGCUUCUGUAUGCCUUUCAUACUGAUGUUGUUCAAAUGGGUCUCUUGACUGGUAGGAGCUAGAAAUAAGAGAUCAGACUCUGGCCUACAGUAGUUUGUGCAAAAGGGUUGCUACUAGCCGAUGUCUACUGGAGGGUGCUGUUCAAUUCUUUGAAGUGAGUGUAUUAAAUAUGUCACAACGUUG